AUGAAUCGUGGAUCUAUGGAAAAUGGAAAUUUGGAGAGAAUUAUUAUGCUGGGAAGGUACACUCCAGUGAAAGUAGCUGGUGCUGUCGCGUUGUUUUCGACGACGGGAAAAGAGCAAGUGUCAAAGAAUCCGAUAUUAUUCCGGUUUAUUUGCUGCCUGUUGGUGCUGAA